AUGGUGUCAUUCAACUAUGUUUUCUCAUUCUGUUCAAACUGUACAACAUUGUUCUCCAUCAUGAAUCUAGAGGGGUUUCUUCGGACUGUGGGAGUAGGAGCCAUUGUUAUCGCAGCUUAUAAUAUUGCUUGGUACAUUUUUCCCUUUUUUCAAACCUCAAAGCUCAAAAAAUAUCUCAAAACCAUCAAUGGAAAAUCCGCCUGGGCAUUGGUCACUGGCGCGAGCGAUGGAAUUGGUAAAGGCCUCGCAAACGAGCUUGCCCACCGGGGAUUCAACGUCGUCCUCCACGGGCGCAACGACGUCAAGUUGGAGAAAGUGAGACACGAGCUUGCACUCAAGCACCCCGACCGAGACUUCAGAAUCAUGGUAGGCGACGCGGGGCUACUAGGUUCCGGUUCGCACCCGUGGGAUGUCAUGCUGGCUGCAUUGGAGGGGCUCAACUUAAGGGUCCUAGUCAACAACGUGGGAGGAUGUCCGCCGAUGCCGAUGAUGAGGCGUUUGGACCAGGCUUCUAUGGAGGAGAUUACGAACAAUGUCCACAUGAACGCCAUGUUCCCGACGUUACUUAAUGCCUUGAUGAUUCCGCGGUUUUCCGGCAGUGCGGAACCUGCGCUCAUUAUCAAUGUUGGAUCGGUGUCGGACGGCGGUUGGCCGUUGUUGUCUUUCUAUUGCGCCAGCAAAUCGUACAUCAACGCCAUUUCAACUGCCAUGGCCAGGGAGCUGGCAAUGGACGGCAUCAACGUGGAAGUCAUGGGCGUCCGUAUCGGAGCGGUGGCUACAAAGACAGAUCUCAUGACACCCGGAUUAUUCUGGCCCUCAGUGGAGACCAUCGCCAAUGCCAUCUUGGACCGUGUGGGAUGCGGACGUUCAGUCCUGGUGCCAUACUGGCCGCACCUGGUACAAAUGUUGUUUUUGGACUUGGUACCUCUUGUUCUGAGGAACCCACUCUAUGGAAAGGUUUUCCGCAGAUUAAGGUACGAAGAGAAGAGGAUGUUUUCCAAGGGCCAGUAA